AAAAAAUAAAUGUGAAUUCGUCACGCGAAACGUUCGACAUCUACACAUCAAAAACUAUCAUCCCGGCCCGAAGGCGCUGGUGGGUUUAAUUCGUCUUCAGUUUUGGGUAAUUAAUGCACGUGAUAUUGCUAGAGGCAUCGUCAGAUCAUGUAUACAUUGCAUUCGAUACAAGCCAAAACUGCUCCAACACAUGAUGGGAAAUCUGCCUGUUAAACGCUUGACACCAUCGCGCCCGUUCGCCCGCUGCGGCAUCGAUUUUUGCGGACCGAUUAGCGUUUACCUUCGCAUUAAGGGCAAGGCUCCCUAUAAAGCCUACAUCGCCAUCUUCGUGUGCUUUGCUAUAAAGGCAGUGCACAUCGAAGUCGUCUCCGACUUAACCACGGAUGCAUUUUUAGCUUCGCUAAAGCGAAUGAUUGGAAGGAGAGGCCUUCCAACAGACAUCUUCUGCGACAAUGCAACCAACUUUGUCGGCGCUUGCAGCAAACUUGCGAGCACCUCAUUUUGGCGGCAUUUAGGAAGCCGCAGUUAAACCAGCCAAGAGUCAUCUAAAUCGCAGCAUCAUGAACGCCAGAUUUACGUAUGACGAGCUGACGACGGUACUAGUGGAAAUAGAAACUGUUCUUAAUUCGCGGCCUAUCUCUCCACUCUCAUCUGACCCCGGCAAUUACGAGGCGUUGACUCCAGGGCAUUUCAUAACCGAGAGUGCUUUAAAAUCUCUACCGGAGCGAGCAGUAGCAAACAAAAUCAACCUCGUCGACAAAUGGACUCAAAUCACCGCCAUCAAGCAAGUCUUUUGGAAACAAUGGUCCCACGACGUGUUAUAGAGGUCAUACCUGGAAAAGAUGCUCGAGUUAGAGUGGUCGACAUACGAACCGCGCAGGGAAUCAUUCGUCGCCCUAUCCACAAAAUUGCAGUUUUACCAAUUUGAAAGUCCUUUCAACGGGGCCGGGAUGUUGGGUCACCUAACGACACACCCUGCAAGUUGGCGUAGGUCAAGAACAUCUAAAUACUUAUUUACUUCAUAUUCAAUUAUGUAUUCGUUUAACUGUCGCAUUUUGUAUUUGUAAUAUAAGAGCAUGCACUCAAUUGUACUAACAGACAUAUAUAUGUACAUACUAAAACCUAACUUUGAUGAUUCCUCCUAACUAAUUUGUAUAUACACAUGCAUGUAUGCUUACAUAUGUACAUAUGCUAAUACAACAGCAAGAUUUUGUCAUUUUGCUGUAUCACUCCUUCGUAUGUGCAUACAUAUUAACAUACAUACAUACAUUCACUACCUAAUAUAACUUGAAUUAUUACACUGAA